UUAAUAUAAGUAAUUAAUAUUAAUUACCCGUGUUUGGUAUCAAACUAAAGGUCUAGACGAGCAUAUUACAAAUGUAUAAGUACCUUAAACAUAUUGUUUAAGUCAAAAUAUAUUUUUAAAGUUUUAAAAGUUCGCGCGGUCCAGUCGUUUGAUUUACUCGUAUCCAAUGAUAACUAAUAUGUAUAAUAUCAUUGCUCGUAUCAGAAAUCAGAAUGCGACGAUGUAGAUAUUGCACGGCUAGUAUGACUGGGAAACGGAAAAGUAUUAAUUAUAAAUAGUGGAUUGUUAUACAAGGGGCUAAAAAAACGAUAUUUUUAGGGCACGAGCCGUAGGCGAGGACUGCCUAAAUAAAAACAGUUUAAUAUUAUUACCUGACGUUUCGAAAGAGCUUAUAAACUAAGCCUAUUUGAAACAAAUGAAUGUUGACUUCGACUUUGACUAUUUGAAAAUUAAAUGUAAGUACAAAAUGCUACAACUUUGGAUGUUAGGGGAGAUGCUUUUACCCGGUAACUUAAUUUGCGACUACUGUGAAGUUGAAUAAUGAGUAUGAGGGGUAAAAAUGGGAGAUAAUUGUAAGUGAAUGCACUUGUUGUUCUUUUCUCCACUUAUUUAAUUUUUCGUAAGUAGGUGUUUCAUUUGUAAGUCUUUUUUGUUCCAUCUCCAAAUUAGGGUCACCAUUCUCGUUAGAUAAAGACAUAGGUAACAAAUAAUGUUGCGAAACAUGUAAAUUACGGUCACAAAUUCACAAUGAAUUUCUUUAAAAAAAUCAAGAAUGGAUUAUUCACGGCAAUUGUCUAUACCAAUAUUAUAAAGAGGAAAACUUUGUUUGUAUGUUUGUUUGUUUGUUUGUUUGUUUGAUUUUAAUGAAUAGGCUCAAAAACUACUGGACCGAUUUUAAAAAUUCUUUCACCAUUCGAAAGCUACAUUAUCCACAAGUAACAUAGGCUAAAUUUUGUUUUGGAAAAAAAUAGUGUUCCGUAAGAUAUUUGGGUUUUUCGGACACAAGGUGUAAAAAAUCAACCAGAAAAGUAGGGUAGGGGUAGGCUAGGGACGUAGUUUCACGCGGACGAAGUCGCGGGCGUCGGCUAGUUUUAAUAUUCUCGCUUUUUACCGCUCGCGUUAUGCAUUCGGCUCCUAUAAUUAGUGAACUCGUCAACACCACAAAGUUAAGGGAAACUCUCCCGAGCACCCUGUAUAUACACUUAUAUACUUCGGUAUAGAAUACUUUGGACUCUCGCCUUCAUAAUCUAAGGUCAAUUGUAUCAAUUAAAGAAUCUUAAUUACGAAUAGAUACUGUAAAAUUAACUUUGUGAGCUCGGGGUUCCCCUAAUUGGAAUGAAAGAUCUUUUAUAAGACAUGUAACGGAAACGCAUCGGCUGCGCCUCGCUUACCGCGCGCGGUCACCUCGCCGUCCGCUCGCCAGCAACGCGCUUACGUCACUUCGAAAGGUUGAGAGCUAGUGGACAUUUUUGGGAAAAUGGAGAGGGGUCGACUUGUACAAUACCUAGUGGCGGUUGCCUUAUCUCUUUCGACGGCCACAAUUGGCACGCUGUCUGCGUGGCCGACACCCGUUGUACCGAAGAUCAAAAACAAUGAAACCUUCGUAGAUAUAACAAAGGAUGAGCUCGCAACAGUGAUGGCCAUGUCUCCGCUAGGGUUCGUGGUCGGCAGUUUGGCCACACGGUUCAUAUCGGACAGUCUCGGGCGACGGACCACCAUCCUGGCGAGUGUGGUGCCGAUCAUCUGUGGAACGAUAAUCGCGACACUUGCCAGGGUGUCUUGGCUGCUCUGUAUUAUGUACUUCCUUUGGGGCAUCGGAACGGGUAUGAUUUCUACGGUCGUAGGAAUAUACACAGCGGAAAUAGCUGAUAAAGACAUCCGCGCGACUCUGUCAGUAGGCACUAGAUUUAUGUUCAACUUCGGGAAUCUUUUGGUCAUAUCCAUAGGACCGUUCCUAUCGUACUAUACGCUAAAUUACUGCUUCUUUAUAUUGCCAGUGGUAUACUUCGUGGCUUGCGUGUUUAUACCUGAGUCACCGUACUAUUACUUGAAGGAAGGACGUGUGGAACACGCAAGGAAAUCUCUGCUAAAGUUAAAGGAUAAAGAGAUAGUAGACCAGGAGUUAGAACUGAUGAAGGGCCACGUGUCCAAGGAGAUGAGGAACUCCAGCUCUGCGUGGGAGCUGUUCACAGGCAAACAGUACCGGAGGCCGCUUGUCAUUGCUUUUGGGUUGAAAUUGACGCAGAUAAUGUCUGGCGGAAUGUCAAUCCAACAAUACAUGGGUCUGAUAACCCAGGAGAUUGGCUUAGACGUUCAAACGUCCACGCUUCUUAUCAUAUUUGGGGCGUUUAAAUUUAUUGUUGGUGUGCUGUCAUCAUUCGUGGUAGACCGCGUUGGACGUCGCCCGCUCCUCAUAUACUCCUUCCUCAGCACAGGAAUCUGCUUGGCCAUCGCUGGCUUAUACUUCUUCCUCCAAGAGGUCAUCAGGGUAGAUCACUCAGUGCUCAAAGCCUACGGGAUAGCUGCUUUCAUGGCGAUCAUGCUCUCGAACGGUUUAUCGAUCGGUUAUAGUUCAAUCAUUGGAGUGAUUACUGCGGAAAUAUUCCCUCUGAAUGUGAAAUUCAUAGCUAUGACGUCUGUAAACAUUUUGGGUGGUUGUCUAGGCUCCGCAGUCGCUAAGAGUUACCAGGCUAUUAACAAUGUUGCCGGGUUCUGCGGAGUUUUUUGGGUGUUCGCUUCCGUAGCGUUUGUUGGUGCUAUUUUCUCGUAUAUGACAACCCCGGAGACGAAAGGAAAAAGUUUACAAGAAAUUCAGGAGAUGUUGCAUAUUAAUAUCGUUAGUAGUGAUGAAGAGGGUAAAUUGAAUGACGUCGAAGUUAUUGAAAUGAUCGAAAAGUGUAGGGAGUUAAAGGAGUCAAAGAAGGAUUACAGUUUAUAGAAGUGUUUUUAUAUUUAAGAUAUUAGGAUUUAUUCUGAUUUGAUAUUGAUUGAUGAUUAUUUACAUAAUACCUACUAAAAUUGAGAAACAGCUAAAACUAUUUUUUUAUAUUAUAGCUAUUUCAUAAAUAAAUAUUCUGUCUUUUGGCAGUUUCUCUAUUUAGAAAGGUGUUAAAACUAAUAAACAUAAAAAUGUUGUCAGUAAUUCAUAGUGAUUCAGGUCAUUGAUCUCCUAUUAAAAAGUGGAUGCAUAAUCAGCGACCAAAAAACGUCCCCACUCAAUGAGUGUUAAACACAACUUCUUGGUACUCAAUUAAAGUUGUCGCAUUUGCAAAUUCAACCUUAAACUCAAUCCUUUAGGUUGAUUUGCUCUGAAUUUGUAUAAUUUUCUUUACCAAUUAUUCUAAAACUGUCAAAGCUAAAUUUGCCAGUUUUUUAGUGAAAUUUUCUACAUGAUUGUGCGUCCUUUAAUUAUAAGUUGUCAAUGACCUAGGUAUAAGAAAAAAAUGUCUACAAAGUUUAGAUUCUCAUAGUUAUAAGCGUUUUGGUACAUUUUUAUAAGAUUUUACAUAGGUAUUAAGUAGGUACUUUAUUAACAUUGAUAUAGAUGUUGACAUCUAUGCGUAAGAAUAGUUUACAGUUCCUGUAAUAGACUGAAUAAGUUUGUAUUUUUAUAAAUAGCGAUAUUUUGACGUGACAACGUCUUAUAAAUUGGUAUGCCGGGUGACACUUCAAGAAACUGCGUUACGCUCCGCUCACGUUAUGCGCUCACAAUGAGAGCGAGUGAAUAAAAUUUUGUUAAUAUGAAAUUCAGUGCGAGAUUCUUUGUAUAAAUUAAUGUUUUAAAUAUAAUCCUUUGUAUAAAUAAAUGUUUUAAAUUGUUACUAUUAUUUCAUCCUUCUUCCUACUAUACGAAUGAAUAUUCACAUUAAAAUUAUUUUACCAUUCAAAGUCAUUGUCACGUAAAACUUUCGCCCGUAUACCGACUUUAGGCAACCAAUUUUUUAAUGUAACUAAGGCCCUGGGUAAUGUAAGGCUGGGCCGAUUGAGGUUUUCUUAAUUGACGCGGAAGGCUUCGGCCGUGGCUAGUUACGGCAAAGGCGUACCGCCAAGCGAUUUAGCGUUCCGGUACGAUGUCGUGUCGAAACCGAAAGGGCUAUACGACAUUUUAUGCGUUGGUGGGCAUUCCUCUUUGUAAUCGUGCGAUGCGUGCAGCCAUCUUCAGGCAUAGUGAAACAGUGUAUUUAUUUUAAAGUACCAGUAGAUGGCGUUCAUAUAGAACAGAACCUGUUGCGAUGCAUUUAUGCGUGAGGCUCAUAGAUGUCGCUUUGUUUAUUUUAAUUUUGGACCGACUUUAAAAAAAACUUUCUUUCUCUAUUCGUCGGAAAGUUUUAUUUAUUUAUUAGCGGACGCCCGCGUCUUUGUCCGCGUGGAAAUCAAUGUAAACUUUCAAGCCCUAUUUCACCACUUUAGAGUUUGAAUUAAAAAAAAUUUUAAUCCUAUUUCGUAUUUUUUUAUGAUUUAUGAACAAAUUUUUAAAACUGUAACUCUAAAAAUGAAGGAAUUUCCAUACAAACUUUCUACCCCUAUUUCACCCCCUUCUUAUUUUAUUUUCGCAAUAAAAAGUAUCCUAUAACCUUUUCCGUAUUAUUAUCUUAAACCGUUAAAAAUUUCAUUUGAAUUUAUUCAGUAGUUUCAGCGUGAUGCCCGAAUAAGAUAAAAGCACGGACAGACAGACAGACAAAAAAAUCGAAAAAUAUAUAUUUAGGUUCAGUAUCGAUUAUAUAAUGUCCCCCAACAAAAAAAAAUCAAAAUAUCUUCAAUGUACAGAAUGUACAAAAUGUACAGAAUUCGUAUUUAUAAGUAUAGAUUCUAGUUAUGUAUUUAUUUCGUUACAUGAUCGAAAAAAGAAUGUUACAUGAUCGCAAAAACGAAAAAUCAAUGAAAAAUUAUGUAGCUAGUGGCUUAGGUAUGUUUUGAAUCAUAAACCUGAUGUAGAAUAACUGCAAUAGGUACUACUAACGUGUUUUUCAGAUAGCAUGGGUACGGUGACAGU